UUUCGCCAGCCCUGGCAGUUAUUCGCAUAAAAGUAAACAAGUUGCAAAAAAUUAAGUUGUUGCUGGUUUUUAAUGAAUACUACGUUUAUAUUUGCACACAAAACAACAGAAAAUGUCCGAUAUAGACGGCAUUUACUCCGUGCGGCUUGUAAUUGCCGAUUUUUACAUGGAAAAACCCGUAUUUGGCCUGGAUCCCUGCUACUCGGAGUUGCGCGGCAAGGAAAUUAAGCGCGUGCCCAUUGUGCGCAUAUUUGGCGCCAAUGCCAAUGGCCAAAAGUGUUGCAUGCAUGUGCACGGCGUCUUCCCCUACUUUUACAUACCCUACGAUAGGCGGGACUUUGAAUCUGUGGAACGGGGCAUACUGCAAAUAGCCAUGCACUUGGACAAGGCCAUCAAUAUAUCCUUGGGCCAGGGCAGCUCCAAUGCGCAGCAUGUCUUCAAAAUACAAUUGGUAAAGGGCAUUCCUUUCUAUGGCUAUCAUCGCACCGAGCAUCAGUUUUUUAAGAUUUUCAUGUUCAAUCCGCGCUUCGUGCGACGCGCUGCCAAUUUACUGCAAAGCGGCGCCAUAUUGAGCAGAAACUUCAAUCCCCACGAAUCGCAUGUACCCUACAUUCUUCAAUUUAUGAUUGAUUACAAUUUGUACGGCAUGAGCUAUCUGCAUGUGCCGCUCGAGGUGGUCAAGUUUCGCAGGCAUACGGAUGAAGAGGUUGUGCCCUAUGCGAAUGUGAAGCCGGAGCAGCUGCUGGACACCAGUUGCGUUAAGAAGAUCGCCUGCAGCGCCUUGGAGGUGGAUAUUAGUUCGAAUUUCAUACUGAAUCGCUUUCAACUGGUCACCAAAAGCAACACGACGCACACGAAUCCUGGUAUCGAGGCCAUUUGGCAUGAUGAGCACGUGCGGCGCCAGAAGCUCGCCCAAAGCUAUGGCGCCGAUAGCCAGAAACUAAAUGCGCUGCCUGCGCUGCAAGUGCCGCCCACCCAGGAGCGCCCGAAUGUGGAAGUAGCCGAAAGCGAUAGCUUCUAUCGGGCUGCGCUAGAGAGCAAGCUGUUAUCCCUGGAGCAGACAUUGAGCUCGGAUCAAACUCUGUCCGAUCAGACGCAGAUCAGCCAUGCGAAUGUGACGCUCCAGACAAGCGCCAAGGAGCAGCGCCGGCAAUUCAAUUUGCAAAAGCUAUUGGUGAAUGCCGUUUAUCCCGAUGAAUGCACCCAGGAUGCACAGCAGCAGCUGAUGAAUGCAUCUGUCAUACAAAAUCAUCUAUCAGGCAGCGGCAGUCUGCAAAGCCUGCUGCCGGAUGUGGGCAAUGGCGAGGCUGCCUUUCUGGACGAUACGCUCGUGGACGAGCAGCUCUUGGAGAUGCAGGGUCCAGUGCCACAUGACGCUACCUUGCGCGAGGAGGAUUUGGAGCUGCUUGAGGUGCUGCAACAGCUGGAGGAGCAGAACGCAAACGAAUCCCACAUCGAUUUGGACAGCUCGCUGGCGCCGCUCUCGCAGCAGCACAAACAAUUUGAGCUAACGCCUGAGCUGCUGGACAAACAGACGGCAGCUGCAGCCUCGCAGCAGCCGCUGUCCGAAGACGAAAGCGACAACUCGGAUGAGGACAACACCGCGGGCAACAUGCACGACUUUUCCGUUGCCCUGGAUGACAUUGACGAGCUGCUACUUAAGCUAACCCAGAGUCAGCCCAAGUCUCAGAGCAAGACCAGCCAGAACCCGAAAUUGCCGCAAAUCGAUGGCGCCGAUGAUCAGCUGCCGCGCACGCCCACUAAAGCCAAGUCCAAGGCGCAGCAACGGAGUCCACCGCGCACGCCCACAACGCCCAAGAGUCGCAUCAGCAUGCAGCAGCCGCGCACGCCCAAGUCCAGUGCGGCCAAAAAAUAUGCGCCCCUGCCACUGAUCAUAACCAGUCGAUCCGCACAGAAGCAGGCGGAUGCAGCAGCUGCAGUGCCUCCAGCGAGCAGCGCGGUCAAGACGCGUCUGAGCCAACAGCUAGAGACGGGCGUUAGAAGCCCAGCUGUAACGCUGCGCAAGAAACUGGCCAUGACUGAGUUGCGUCGCAAGACAAUCUCCGCAGCGUCUUUUACGGAGAUGUGCAACAAGGCAGCACAACCGGAUGAGCCUACUCCCUUGCGGCGUAGCACGCGCAGUCGCACGCGUGAUUUGGACAAAACGCACAUCAUUUGCUCCCUGACGCCGCGUCGGAGAAAUUCUCGCAUUUCGGAAGUCUUUGAGGCAGCGAACAGUUCAACAGCCACAGCUGAGAUCUUAGUGGAGCAGAAGAAACCACGUCGCAGCGCACGGCACAGCGCCAAGCAGAAUGUUGAGGAGCGAGCAAUCGCUAAGGCAGCGCCUAGUUUGGCAACAAUUAACCAGCCAACGGACUCGCCCGCUGUAACUAGCGACGAUGAGGCAAUUGUAUCUGACACAGAGAGCGAUAGGUCUGUGGCUCAGCUGCGCAAGACGCCAAAUCUGAGACGUUUGCGACGCAGUUUUCGCGAAUCGGUGCUGGCCAAGAGAGCGACGCCAGCGAGUAAAGGAAGUAUAACGCCAGCGAGUGCAAUAAUUGCAUCUAAAUCCCCAAUGCCAGUUACUAAAAAAACAACGAGUGCUAUAAGUCGAAUUCCAGCGAGUGCAGCAAGUCCAAUGCCAGAGCGUGAAAUGGCAGCUUAUGCUAUAAGUCAAAUUCCAGCGAGUGAAACGGCAACGAGUACAAAAACUGAUAUAAGUAAGACUUCAGGGAAUGCAACGCCAACAAGCACCGAAACUCAAGCUUUAGCGAGAUCAAUGAAGUCCACUCCAGCGAGUAAGACACCAACGAGUAAAGCGAUAGCGAGUAAAGCGACAGCGAGUAAAGCGACAGCGAGUAAAGCGACAGCGAGUACAACUGAUAUAAGUCAAAUUGCAGCUAGUGAAACGCCAACGAGUACAAAAAGUCAAGCGAAAGCAAUGUAUUGCACUCCAGCUAAUAAGACACGAACGAGUAAAACGCCAGCGAUUGCGACGCCAACGAGUUCCAAAAGCCAAACCCUAGGGAGUCCUAUGCUAGCAAUAAACUGCACUCCAACGAGUAAACUUUCAGCGAGAUCAAUUCGCACUCCAGCGAGUAGGACACCAGCGACUCCAAUUGUGCCACUCAAGAAUGCACAUGAAGUAGAAAUGAUUGAAGCAAUUGACACACCACAAUGUAGUCCACAGAGCAUAAGCAGUAAUACUCCAGAGCUGAUGAAGAGCUUCUAUGAGCACUCGUUGAUUGUGAACAGUCCGUCCGUAUUCAGCGAUGAUCUGGGCAGUCCGCAGCUGCCCGCCCAAUCAAAAUUUCUCGCCAGGCCCAGCGGCAGCUCAAGCAACUCCGCAGAUCUCAAUACGUUUGUAAUUGCGCCGCUAGAGCUGCCGCCCAGCUAUGAGGAAGUGCUGCAGAGCUGCCGCAAACUGGACAUACCCGAGUACGUGUUCCAGCAGCCCUUCUAUAGCAAUCCCGCCGAUGUUAGCAAAAUGACCGAGGUGGGAUUUCUGGUGCUGCGCAUACCGGGCAACAAGCUCAACGAUUUGGAGCCCUUUCAAAGCAGCGUUUUGGCCAGCCAUCAAGGUCUGGCGGCCUGGCGCCGCAAGCAAUUGGUAGGCAUUGCCGGACCAGCCAUAUUGCAGCGCUAUCGCAGCGAGCAGCAGGUGCGGGAGUACUUCAGCAGCGAGCAGCGGCUGGUCAUGGAGCCGGCAAUGAGUCCGCCUAGCAGGCAGGACGCCAAAUUGUGGCUAAAAGCGCGCGAGCUGCACAAGCAGCGCCAGGGCGAGCAGGAGGAGGAGCAGCUGCGCCCGCUGGCCAACGAUGUGGAUAGCCCCAUUAAAAUCAAGCGCCAGAAAAUAACCAUGAUGCUCAACGAAGGCAAUGGCGAGAGCGGAGCAAGUGGCGAUGAGGACGGGGAGCCGAAUUGCAGUCGCCUAACCCUGACGCCCCUGUCACAGACGCCAGCAACGCCUCAGCCCACAGGCAGAGGUAAGCGGCAAGCGAAGGACACGCCGCUAAGCUGCAAGAUGCGCGCCAGGCGCGCCACCAAGCUUAAAUUUCCAGCAGAACAGGAUGAGCCGCCAGGCAGCAGUCAGUCGAGUGAGCAGAGCGUCGCCAGCAGCGAUGCCUUGGAUGCAUUGGAGCGUAGCUCGUUUGUGCGCCAGCUGGACAGCCUGAGUAGCGGACGGAACAGUCAUGAGCUCAGCUUUGGGCUGACCAAUGCGACGCUGGACAAUACCUUUGGCUUCAAGGUUAAUCUGGAGAAUCUGCAGCAGGCCAAGGCCGACAUUGAGUGCAACUAUUUGACCACCAUGACGCUGGAGCUGUUUGUGCCCACCCGAGACGAACUGCAGCCGGAUCCGCUGUACGACGAGAUACGCUGCAUAUUCUAUGCCAUAGAGCAUAGCCUGCCGGCUGCAGCUGGAGCGGAGCAGCAGGCGCUGCCCAGCAAGGCCUGCGGCUAUAUUAUAGUCAGCGAUGCCCAAGAUUUGGUCAGCGAGGGACGACAUCACGGCCUGGACGCAGACAUUGAGCUGCAGGUGGUGCAGAGCGAGGCGCAGGCUUUUGAGGCGCUGCUGGCGCUCUGCACGCGCUGGGAUGCGGACAUCUAUGCGGGCUACGAGAUCGAGAUGAGCUCUUGGGGCUACAUCAUUGAGCGUGCCAAGCACUUGUGCUUCAACAUUGCGCCCCUGCUGUCGCGUGUGCCCACGCAAAAGGUGCGCGACUUUGUCGACGAGGAUCGCGAAUCGUUUACGGAUCUCGAUGUGGAGAUGAAGCUCUGUGGCCGCAUUUUGCUGGACGUGUGGCGUCUGAUGCGCUCCGAGAUUGCGCUCACCUCGUACACCUUUGAGAAUGUCAUGUAUCAUAUUCUGCACAAGCGUUGUCCCUGGCACAGUCCGCGCGCCCUGACCGAUUGGUUUGCCUCGCCCUGCACGCGCUGGAUUGUGCUCGAGUAUUAUUUGGAGCGUGUGCGCGGCACCUUGGCGCUGCUCGAUCAGCUGGAUCUGCUGGGUCGCACCAGCGAGAUGGCCAAACUAAUUGGCAUACAGUUCUAUGAGGUGCUCUCACGCGGCUCACAGUUUCGCGUGGAAAGCAUGAUGCUGCGCAUAGCGAAGCCCAAGAAUCUGGUGCCGCUCUCGCCGAGCGUGCAGCAGCGCGCACACAUGCGUGCACCGGAGUACCUGGCGCUCAUCAUGGAGCCCGAAUCACGUUUCUAUGCCGAUCCCCUCAUCGUGCUGGACUUUCAGAGCCUGUAUCCGAGCAUGAUCAUAGCCUACAACUAUUGUUUCUCCACCUGCUUGGGUCGUGUCGAGCAUCUGGGCAGCAGCAGCCCGUUUGAGUUUGGCGCCUCGCAGUUGCGUGUCUCGCGUCCGUUGCUGCAGCAGCUGCUGGAGCGCGAUCUGGUCACAAUCUCACCCUGCGGCGUGGUCUUUGUGAAGCGCCAGGUGCGCGAGGGCAUCUUGCCGCGCAUGCUCAGUGAAAUACUGGACACCCGGCUGAUGGUGAAGCAAUCGAUGAAGCUGCAUCGCGACAGCUCCGCGCUGCAGCGUGUGCUGCACUCACGCCAACUGGGCCUGAAGCUAAUGGCAAAUGUUACCUACGGCUAUACGGCGGCCAAUUUCAGCGGGCGCAUGCCCGCCGUCGAGGUGGGCGACUCGGUGGUAGCCAAGGGCCGUGAGACGUUGGAGCGUGCCAUCAAACUGGUGGAGACGCACGAGAAGUGGAACGUGCGCGUCGUCUACGGCGACACGGAUUCCAUGUUUGUUCUUGUGCCCGGACGCAAUCGUGCCGAGGCCUUUCGCAUUGGCGAGGAAAUUGCACAGGCCGUAACCGAAAUGAAUCCGCAUCCGGUCAAACUGAAGCUGGAGAAGGUCUAUCAGCCGUGCGUGCUGCAGACCAAAAAACGCUACGUCGGCUACAUGUACGAGACGCCCGAGCAGCAGCAGCCGGUGUACGAGGCCAAGGGCAUUGAGACGGUGCGACGUGAUGGCUGUCCGGCGGUUGCCAAAAUGCUGGAGAAGGUGCUGCGGCUGCUCUUCGAAACGGCGGACGUCAGUCUGAUCAAGCAGUACGUGUGCCGGCAAUUUACCAAGCUGCUCUCCGGACGCGCCAAUCUGCAGGAUCUCAUCUUUGCCAAGGAGUUUCGCGGACUAAACGGCUAUAAGCCCACAGCCUGUGUGCCGGCGCUGGAGAUGACGCGCAAAUGGAUGCAAAAGGAUCCCAGACGCGUGCCGCGUCGCGGUGAGCGUGUGCCCUUUUGCAUUAUCAAUGGACCGCCCGGCGUGCCGCUGAUACGCCUGGUGCGCAGUCCACACGAGGUGCUGGCCAACGAGGGCUACAAAAUCAAUGCCAUUUACUAUAUAACCAAGGCCAUAAUACCGCCACUGAAUCGCUGCCUGCUGCUCAUCGGAGCCGAUGUGAAUGAUUGGUUCAGCAAUUUGCCGCGCAGGCUGCUCAUAAUGCCGGCUCUGUCGACGGCUGGGGAGCUGAUGAAUCGCGGCAGCGCCAAAUCCACCAUAUCGCAAUAUUUCUCAACGAGCAACUGCAUCAUCGACUGCGGCCGCCAGACCAAGGCGGGCAUCUGCACGGAUUGUGCCCGUAAUGCCAGCAAAUGCGUUGUCACGCUGCAGGCAAAGCUGGCGCAGCUGGAGCGCGGCUACAGGCUAACCCAGCAGAUAUGCCAGGCCUGUUGCGGCCGGUUGGGUGAGCUGCAAUGCGGUUCACUGGACUGCCCGGUGCUGUAUGUGCUGGAGGUGAAGCGGCGGGAGCUGCAGCAAGCGCCGCAUAUACGCAAACAGCUGGAGGAGCGUUUCAAUUAGUUCAAUAUCACGUGUAUAUAUAUAAAUAUUUAGUGGAUGCCUGGAAAACAAUUCAA